AACUCUGCAAAUAUUAAUAAGGGAGGACUCUUUUACUCGUUCUUUCAACGCUUUUGUAACUGUCAAAUUCGUUUCUUGUGCGGUGCUUGCUUUUUCCUCGCUUUUCUGCCGGAAAAAGCAGUAAACAUGGCCGGAAAAAUGGUAUUUUCCUGCACGAUUUGCAGGAAAAGUGCAGGGAAUGACCUGAGAUUCAUGUCUUCGUGGUGGAACCAUGUGGAGCCGGCACCUAAGGACCCCAUUCUUGGUGUUACUGAAGCUUUCUUGGCUGAUACUUCUCCCAACAAAGUUAAUGUUGGAGUAGGAGCUUACCGUGAUGAUAAAGGGAAACCGGUGGUGCUGGAAUGCGUUAGACAGGCGGAGAGGAGAAUUUCAGGAAACGAAAAGAUGGAAUAUCUUCCAAUGGGGGGAAGUGUGAAGAUGGUUGAGGAGACAUUGAAGCUAGCGUAUGGUGAGAAUUCUGAUCUCAUCAAAGACAAAAGGAUUGCUGGAGUGCAGGCUCUUUCAGGGACUGGUGCUUGCCGCCUCUUUGCAGAUUUUCAGAAACGUUUCAGGCCAGAGUCACAGAUCUAUAUACCCACUCCCACUUGGGCCAACCACCUCAACAUUUGGAGAGAUGCCCAAGUUCCUCAGAGGACUUUCCAUUACUACCAUCCUGAAUCCAGGGGAUUAGAUUUUGCUGCAUUAAUGGAUGAUGUGAAGAAUGCACCAAAUGGUUCUUUCUUUUUGCUGCACGCAUGUGCUCAUAAUCCAACUGGAGUGGAUCCAUCUGAGGAGCAAUGGAAGGAAAUCUCUUAUCAAUUUAAGGCGAAAAACCACUUUGCCUUCUUUGAUAUGGCAUAUCAAGGUUUUGCAAGUGGUGAUCCAGAGAGAGAUGCUCGAGCAAUUCGCAUUUUCCUAGAAGACGGCCAUAUGAUUGGCUGUGCCCAAUCCUAUGCAAAAAACAUGGGGCUUUAUGGACAGAGAGUUGGAUGUCUCAGUAUUGUCUGUGAAGAUGAAAAACAAGCAGUGGCUGUGAAGAGUCAGUUGCAACAGAUCGCUAGGCCCAUGUAUAGCAACCCACCUGUUCAUGGUGCCCUUCUUGUUUCUACCAUUCUCAGUGAUCCAGACCUGAAGAAACUCUGGUUGAAAGAAGUGAAGGUUAUGGCUGACAGGAUCAUUGGCAUGCGAACUGCACUAAGGGAAAGUCUUGAAAAGUUGGGUUCUCCUCUAUCUUGGGAACAUAUAACCAAUCAGAUUGGAAUGUUUUGCUACAGUGGGAUGAGUCCUGAGCAAGUUGACCGCUUGACACAGGAGUUCCAUAUUUAUAUGACUCGCAACGGUCGCAUCAGUAUGGCAGGUGUGACUACGGGCAAUGUCGGCUACCUAGCAAAUGCAAUUCAUGAGGUCACAAAAUCUACUUAAAAGGAGUUUCUUAUUUUUACAACAUCUUUGAACUAUUUCCUUAAAAAAGGAUGAAAGCAAGAGUUAAAAAAAGCCAUUUGAGGCUUUCCCCAUGAUUCAUAUGGGGAGUCUACCAAAUAAAGAGGUUUUAAGUUAUACACCCUUUUUGCCUGUGUUUUUCAGGUCUCCUUUGUGGGAGGUCAGAAAUUGUAUCUUGCAAUAAAAGUAACCUCUUUGUUUUCAUUUUUGUAAGGGUUCCUUGGAAGGUGAAAUGCAUGGAAUGAUAUGAGGCUGUGAUUUUUUAAUCUUA